UACCAAUGGAUUAUUUGAACUUACGAAGUCGCACUGGACAUUUGGUCACCGGUAGUAUAUUCAGUAAAGGCCUUUCUUCGUGGUUUCACAAUACAUGAUCAUUUGUUAGUUAAACAUAGGCCGCAUACAUUCGUUGUAAAAAAUUGUACACGUUCGACAUGGACGACCGUCUGCGAAAUGCCUUAAUGCUGGUGCAUCUCAUAGCAGUAAAUGUAGUAAGUAUGCCGACAACUCCCGCUGCACAAAGAAGUUAUGAUUGUACUGGUAAAAUACGGGAUGUUUAUUACGCCGACCCCGUUGAUCCAUCAUAUUUCUUCACCUGUGUCGGCCCCAUUGCGUUUGCACAGAGAUGUAACCCUCCCUACCUCAUUUACUACGAGGACCGAGGCUACUGCGACUAUCCCAGUUUUAACGAAGAAGAUACAGUUACUACUUUUACCGAAGUUUCUACUGAUGAUGAUGUUGAGGAUGGAACAGCGAUCACGAGUUUGAUCCCUGAAGAAACGACAUUUGCAUACGAGGAUGUUUUCGAGGCAUUUACCUGUGAAAAUAAGGAGAACUUUGGAAUGUACAAAGAUCGUGAAAAUCCAAAUAAGUUCUAUUGGUGUGUACAUGGUUUUAUUCACCACAUGGAUUGUCCACCCGGUCUAGUUUUUGAUCCACCGACAAAUGCAUGUCAAUAUGAAUUAACACCCACCACAGAAAAGAAUGACGUUGAGAUGAAAUCCGCUACAAGUAAACGACCCGUGACAACAGCAAGGCCAACACGACCCAAAGAUGACCCAUUCGUAUGUCCUGAAGACGGCAAAGCGGGACUAUAUUCUAACCCAUACGAUAGAUCAACAUAUUAUCAAUGUUCUGAGACAGGGCGUUUUUGGCUAAUGCUUUGCCCAUGGUCAUUAGUGUUCAAUGAAGCAGAAAAUAUAUGCGACCACCCUACAAAUUUGCAAUACACGACGACAAAACUUGAAUAUGAACCUACAUCUGUGAUAAUCGAGGAAACAACCGAAGCAUCAACAACCGAACACGAAUACGAACCGAAACCCGGUACCCACUACGAGGGUCACACUGAGACAACUGAAGCACCAACAACCAAACACGAAUACGAACCCAAACCCGGUACCCACUACGAGGGCCACACUGAUACAACUGAAGCACCAACAACUAAACACGAAUACGAACCCAAACCCGGUACCCACUACGAGGGUCACACUGAGACAACUGAAGCACCAACAACCAAACACGAAUACGAACCAAAACCCGGUACCCACUACGAGGGCCACACUGAUACAACUGAAGCACCAACAACUAAACACGAAUACGAACCCAAACCCGGUACCCACUACGAGGGUCAUACUGAGACAACCGAAGCACCAACAAUCGAACACGAAUACGAACCGAAGCCCGGUACUCACUAUGAGGGACAUGUUGAAAUAACUACUGAGGAAAAUGACGUUUCAUUUGAAACUUUGUGUGCUUCAAUUGAUCCAACUUUGAUAUUAUUCGCUAACGAUGAAACGGAUUGCCAGGCUGGUUUAAUAUGUAUCAACAACGUAGCCAACCAGUUUAAAUGUCCUGACGGUCAAUGGUUCGUCGCGAUAAAUGACGGCAGCGGAAGUUUUUGUCCAUAUGCCGGUACUGUUGAGCGUGAAUGUAACGGAUAUGGUCAACAACUAACAACCAUGCAUGAAUACGAACCAAAACCCGGUACCCACUACGAAGGUCACACUGAGACAACUGAAGCACCAACAACCAAACACGAAUACGAACCAAAACCCGGUACUCACUACGAGGGUCACACUGAGACAACUGAAGCACUAACAACCAAACACGAAUACGAACCAAAACCCGGUACUCACUAUGACGGUCACACUGAGACAACUGAAGCACCAACAACCAAACACGAAUACGAACCAAAACCCGGUACUCACUACGACGGUCACACUGAGACAACUGAAGCACCAACAACCAAACACGAAUACGAACCAAAACCCGGUACCCACUACGAGGGCCACACUGAGACAACCGAAGCACCAACAACCAAACACGAAUACGAACCUAAACCCGGUACCCACUACGAAGGUCACAUUGAGACAACUGAAGAACCAACAACCAAACACGAAUACGAACCAAGACCCGGUACUCACUACGAUGGACAUGUUGAAUUAACUACUGAGGAAAAUGAUGUUUCCUUUGAAACUUUGUGUGCUUCAAUUGAUCCAACUGUGAUAUUAUUCGCUAACGACGAAACGGAUUGCCAGGCUGGUUUAAUAUGUAUCAACAACGUAGCCAACCAGUUUAAAUGUCCUAACGGUCAGUGGUUCGUCGCGAUAAAUGACGGCAGCGGAAGUUAUUGUCCAUACGCCGGUACUGUUGAACGUGAAUGUAACGGAUAUGGUCAACAACCAACGACCAAACACGAAUACGAACCAAAACCCGGUACCCACUACGAGGGCCACACUGAGACAACCGAAGCACCAACAACCAAACACGAAUACGAACCAAAACCCGGUACCCACUACGAGGGUCACACUGAGACAACUGAAGCACCAACAACCAAACAUGAAUACGAACCAAAACCCGGUACUCACUACGACGGUCACACUGAAACAACUGAAGAACCAACAACUAAACAUGAAUACGAACCAAAACCCGGUACUCACUACGACGGUCACACUGAGACAACUGAAGUACCAACAACCAAACAUGAAUACGAACCAAAACCCGGUACUCACUACGACGGUCACACUGAAACAACUGAAGAACCAACAACCAAACAUGAAUACGAACCAAAACCCGGUACUCACUACGACGGUCACACUGAGACAACUGAAGCACCAACGACCAAACAUGAAUACGAACCGAAGCCCGGUACCCACUAUGAGGGGCAUAUUGAAACCACAGAACUUCCAUUUUUUCUAACAUCAACCGAAUCGAGUUUUUCUUCUGAAUUUGUAAUUUUAGAGGCUUUAUGCAACGCAGAAGAUCGCGAUAUAAGAAUUUUCUAUAAUGAUGUGGAAGACUGUCAAUCAGGCUAUAUUUGUGAAAGUCGCCAGUUAAAUCGAAUCAGUUGUCCAAAUGGUAAUUGGUUUUUAGCAAUAAACGACGGAACCAUGGUAACGUGUGCUCUUGAAGGAACAGUUGAAAGAGAGUGCAGUCAAUCAUUUCCUAUAACUACACAAAUGCCAGAUAUGUGUGCACUACCUGAAAAUCAUGGUAAGAUGUUCGAAAAUGACGAUGAUUGUGGAUCAUUUUACUUCUGUGUCUUCGGAGAUAAUAUCAGUGUUGACUGCGUUGAAGGUUUAUGGUUUGUUGGAGAGGAACGAGCAGCAACGCUGGACAUCAGUUCUGGUUGUGUCGAGCCUGAAUUAAGCGGUCGUAUAUGUGAUCCAGAAUCGGGUCGUAGCCAGACGCAAUUAACGACUGAGCAGCCAACUCAAAUUGCUGAAGACGUAUUAUGUGUUGGACGUCCAGACCAAUACCAUGCUGUCAUUUUGAAUGAUUGCUCACAGUUCUUUAUUUGUUAUAACGAAGUCUCUCAUCUCGUACAGUGUGCUAUCAAUACAUGGUAUAAUCCUGAUUAUGAUCCAGAAACGGGAACACCCAGCGCAUGCGUAGAUUCCGUCCCGGCCAAAACGGAAUGCAUCACUCCAGAAUAAAAUUCCAGUGAAAAUAAGUGUUUAGUAUUCAAUGUGUAUACACCUACCUUACGUUUAUAAUAGAAAGAGGCCUAUACUAAACUAACAUUUCAUAUCUCGCAAAAAAAUAGUAUAAAACAUCGAAAAAAUAUACAAACGUUUCCAAAUGGUCGAUAUAAAAGCAGAACACUCAUACAUUUUAUAUAAAAAACAAAACAGCUUCAUACAGAGGGUGUAUUUAUUUAUCUAUUUACAAAACUAUAAAACAAGGAUGCUAAUUUCUUCUUAAUAAGUGUUCCACGCUGAGCAAAGAUGACCCAAAAGUUCUAAAAUUGGUUUUCUUACACACGAAAUGAACACUUACAAUAGCUCAAAAGCAUGUCAAACACUCAGAACCAAGGGACUAUGUAAUUUCUGCUUCUUAAAUUUGGAAAUUUCCAUUCUCUCAACACCUUAAAAAACCGUCUCAAAACAUUUUUUCCAACAUUUCAAUUCUGUUUUAUCCCCAAACAGGACACUGAACUAUAGCGAACAUAUUACAUUUCAUUACGAUUGUAUCUAUUUUCGCAGUCGUGUAUUCGUAAUUUUUUGUAUGCAAAUCUAACGAAAAGUUGCGAAAUCUCGACAAUUUUAUCGUCUAAUAUAUUUAUUAAAUGUAUUGUACUUCCUGAUUCAUGGUACUGAUUACUUAUUAAUAUAUUAUAUCUACACUAAAUAGUAUUUAUUGUCCAAGUAUGAUAAUAAAAAUGGUAUUACUGUUCAGUAAAUACCAGUCCAAAGAA